UCAGCCAAGAGGCACGGAGUGGCCAGAGCUGUGGCUCCGUGCAGCCCAUGGGAGGAUGACUCCCAGCCUUCAGGAAGGUGUUCAGCUUGGGGAAAGCAAACCCUCACCUUGCUCCUUUUCAAUUGAGAGCAUCUUAGGACUGGACCAGAAGAAAGACUGUGAUCCAUCAAUGAAACCCCACAGGCCCUGGGUAGACACCUGCGGCUCCUCAGGGAAAGAUGUUAACCUAUGUCUACAUAUCGCCAGCCUUCCUAAUGGGAUUUCAUUCCCUUGUACUGUGGAUCACCCAGCGCCAGAAGAAAGAGUUUUGAAAUAUGAAAAUUACUUUUCAGCCUCAGAAAGACUGUCUUUGAAAAGAGAGUUGAGUUGGUAUAGAGGCCGAAGACCAAGAACUGCUUUUACUCAAAACCAGAUUGAAGUGUUGGAAAAUGUCUUUAGAGUAAACUGCUAUCCUGGCAUUGAUAUCAGAGAAGACUUAGCUCGCAAAUUGAAUCUAGAGGAAGACAGAAUCCAGAUCUGGUUCCAAAAUCGGCGUGCUAAGCUGAAAAGGUCCCAUAGAGAAUCACAGUUUCUAAUGGCGAAAAAAAAUUUCAACACAAAUCUCCUGGAAUAGAUAGAAAACGAAACGUGAAAUUACCUUCCAAUUGCAGAACAUGAAGAAUCAAUGGAAAUAUCAAGUGUUAAAAAUGUGAUAUUUUCUUUUCUGCAUUUAAUCUGAGUAUUGUCAUUUUUUUCUGAAAAUAUGUUGUAAAUAGUUACUAUUACAGCAUGGUGCCUAUUAUACUUGGGCACUUUUAGUUACAAUAAAGGCCUUUCCUAUAUAUUUUAAUAAGCAUUUUCAGGAAAAGCCAACUAUUUUUUAAGCGAGCAGAUUUCAUCUAAUCAAUUAGUUUGCUAAAAUAGGUAAAGUCAUGACUAAAUGACUCCACAAACUGGAUUCCAUUUACAAAAUAAUUCAAGUAAAAUAAUCUGAAGAAUGACACAAAUGUGUGAUUUGUUUCAGUUAGUUUCCUUCAAGUGCAUUUUGAAACAUGAUUAUGCUUAAAUAUAUUAUAGAAUAUGAUUUAGUCAUGAAUCUUUAGUUUCUCUUGAUUUCUGGCAUAAAGCAGUGAGAAUUUCUCAGCAUGUGUCAAUAUAAAUCCUUAUAGAAUUCCAGUUUCAAUUUUUUUUUUUAAGCAAACUCAUUAUGCCAAAGUAGAGAUAUAAAAGCAUCAAUUGCCACAUUCAUACCAUUGGUAUUGCGUUGCACAAAAGAAUUGAGCUGCAAAUAAAGACAAAUUUUAAAAUA